AUGGUAGUAGUGACUGAUGAGAACGAAGUCCGCCGCCUUCUUCAGGCGGAACAUAAGUUGGUCGAGUCAGCCUGGCCAGAGUCGAUGCGCAACCUGCUCGGCCCCAACGCCAUCCUGACAGCGCCUGCCAAGGCGCACAAGAAGCAGCGUCAGAUCCUAUCCCAGGCCUUCACAGAGGCAGCGAUGCGGCUGUACCUGCCGACAAUACUGGAUGUUUCGCGCUACACAAUGGAGCAGUGGGCGGCAAGCAAGGAGCCCGUGCUCUUCUACUCGGCUGCACGCGCAUUUGCCUUUGACAUUGCUGCCACCGUGCUGACCGGCACGCGAUUUGAUGGAGACACACUGGUCAAGAUGCGUGAGGAGUUUGAUGUCUACGCUGAUGGCCUCUUCUCCCUGCCCCUCAACAUUCCCGGGACUCCCUAUGGGAAGGCUGUGAAAGCGCGAGCGUACAUUGUGGCAGAGAUUGAGCGCUUGAUCUUGGAUGCCAAGGCUAGCAAUGAGGCGCAGUCCACCGGCCGCAAGAAUGCGCUACGGCUCCUGUUGGAUGCUCAGGAUGAGAACGGUGAAAAGCUGACCAUGGAGCAGCUGAAGGACCAAAUCCUCACCCAGCUGUUUGCAGGCCAUGAGACCACAGGCGCCACGCUGUCGCGCGUGCUGCCAGAGAUUCAGAGGCAGCCGCACAUCAUGGCCAGGAUGCGUCAGGAGCAGGCCGAGCUCAUCCAGAAGUACGGCGAUGAGAUCACCUAUGAGAUGCUGGAGCAGAUGCCGUACACGGACGCGGUGCUGAAGGAGGUGAUGCGCAUGCACGGCAUCGUGGACGGCGUGUGGCGGCAGGCGCUGGAAGACCUGGAGAUCCAGGGCUGCCGCGUGCCCAAGGGGUGGACGGUGCAGCUGAUGGUGAAGAAGGCGGGGCUGGCCAUGCCGGAGUUCCAGGGGGACGCGGAUAGGUUUGACCCCUCGCGCUGGCUGGAGGAUGGGGCGCCAUUGAAGAAGGAGCCCAAGGGAUUUAUGCCAUUUGGAGAGGGGCCGCGCAAGUGCCUGGGCAUGCUCCUGGCCAAGAUGGAGAUGCGGGCGCUGCUGGCUGUGCUGGCGAGGGGUUACACAGUGGAGCUGGACGAUCCCAAUGAGUUCUGGUUCCAGGACUUCAAGCCUGUCAACAAGCUCCCGGGGCGCGUGGUCAAGUACCAAGCUUAGCUGCCCCAAGCUCAGCUAAGCUUACAUAGGCCAGAAUGGUCUAGAGAAGUCAUUUAGGAGGAUCUUGAGAAAAAAAGCUAAAAUCACUGAAGUUACAAGAGUAACCUCUUGAGAUAGGCAGCAAGUAGAGGUCUUGCAAACGAUGCUGAUAAUUGCAUCUAGGCAAAUGCCAUGGAAUUAUUGUAUAGCAGCAGGAAACUUCCUUGGAAACUCAGUCCCUUGAGGCACAGUCUCUUGAAAAGUCAAGGAAGUAACCUUCAACGGAUGCACAUUUACAUUCUGCAAUUUCUUGGAACCCUUGAUUUGAAUGUUUCACAUGGUGUUAUCGUGCAAAAGAUUGCAGAUCGAUGCCCUCAUAGAUAAGUGCCUGAGGUGUUUAUUUCCUGACGAGUGACCCUUGUGCAUUACAUAGCAUUACAGAGAUUAUUGCUGGGACUGCCUCAAUCUGGUUGACUGCCGGUUGACUACCAUCGUUUUGUCAAUGAUGCAAGCAGUUGUAAGAAUUCCAAUGGGUUC